UAAUCUCAUCAUAUCCAUUUAGCAACUUCAACUUCUUUCUUUUUCUUCUUUGUUUUAAAUAGAAAAUAAUAAAUACAAUUUGUCUUAUGGAGCUUACUAAUAAUUACUCAAAAAAUGUGUUUCUUCUAGUGUUGCUAAUUGUAUUUCCAUUUUCAAGUGAUGCUAAGAGCAACUCACCGUGUCAUUUUCCGGUGGUUUUCAACUUCGGCGACUCAAACUCCGACACCGGUGGAUUGUCGGCGGCAUUUGGUCAGGCUGGUCCACCCGCCGGAGAGACAUAUUUUGGUGCCCCUGCCGGACGGUACUGUGAUGGUCGUCUUGUUAUUGAUUUCAUUGCUGAAAGUUUAGGAUUACCAUACCUAAGUGCAUUCUUAGAUGCAUUGGGUUCAAAUUUCAGUCAUGGAGCCAAUUUUGCCACAGCUGGUUCAACAAUCAGACCACAAAACACAACUCUUCAUCAAAGUGGUUUUAGCCCCAUUUCAUUAAACGUUCAGAGUUACGAAUUCAACGAUUUCCUUCAUAGAUCACAGAUUAUUCGUAACAAAGGGGAUGUGUUUUGUAAGUUGAUGCCUAAGGAGAAACAUUUUUCUGAGGGGUUAUACACAUUUGACAUUGGACAAAAUGAUUUAACUGCUGGUUACUUCAGUAACAUGUCCACUGAUCAAGUUAGAGCUUAUGUUCCUGAUGUGAUCGAUCAAUUCAAAACCGUUAUUCAGGGUAUAUAUAGUCGCGGUGGUAGAUAUUUUUGGAUACAUAACACAGGUCCAGUUGGUUGUCUACCAUACGUAUUAGAUCGUCUGUUAAUAACAGCAGGGCAAGUUGAUAAAGCAGGCUGUGCUGCUCCUUUCAAUGAAGUGGCUCAAUAUUUCAAUGCUAAGUUGAAAGAAGCAGUGAUUCAGCUAAGAAAAGAUCUUCCAUUAGCUGCUCUUACCUAUGUUGAUGUCUAUUCAGUCAAGUACGAACUCAUCUAUCACGCUAACAAGCACGGAUUUGAGCAUCCAUUACAAGCUUGUUGUGGGCAUGGAGGAAAGUACAACUUCAACAUAAAUCAUGGAUGUGGAAGCAAGAUAAAGGUGAAAGGAAAAGAAACAAUAUUGGGAAAAUCAUGCAAAAAUCCAUCAAAAAGAAUAAAUUGGGAUGGUGUACAUUUCACAGAGGCUGCUAAUAAAUGGGUGUUUCAACAAAUUGUGAAUGGUUUAUAUUCAGAUCCACCAUUUCCCUUGAAUAUGGCAUGUCAUAAAAAAUACAAAAUGGUAACACAAAUCUUGAUUCUAAUUUUGUGUUUAGUGCCAACCCAAAUCUUAGGCAAUUGCAAAUUUGCAGCCAUUUUCAACUUUGGUGACUCAAACUCAGAUACUGGUGGCCUUUCAGCAGCAUUUGGAGAAGCUCCUUAUCCCAAUGGUGAAACUUUCUUUCAUGCCCCUGCUGGUCGAUUCUCCGAUGGUCGUCUCCUUAUUGAUUUCAUUGCUGAAGGCUUAGAUUUGCCUUAUCUUAGCGCGUUUCUUGAUUCGAUUGGUUCCAACUUCAGCCAUGGAGCUAAUUUUGCCACAGCAGGAUCAACCAUUAGACCUCAAAACACAACCAUGGCUCAGAGUGGAUACAGUCCAAUUUCACUGGAUGUACAAGGUGUUCAAUUCUCUGAUUUUCAUACAAGAUCACAAAUAAUUCGCCAGAAAGGUUUUGUUAUUUCUAACACAGGAAAUGUCUUUGGCCAAUUGCUGCCAAAUGAGGAAGAUUUUUCUCAAGCAUUGUACACGUUUGAUAUCGGACAGAAUGAUCUCACUGCUGGCUACAAGCUUAAUAUGUCCACUGAUCAAGUGAAGGCUUAUGUUCCUGAUUUGCUCUCUCAGUUAUCCAAUGUUAUAAAGAAAGUAUAUGCAAAAGGCGGUAGAUCAUUUUGGAUUCACAAUACUGGACCAGUAGGUUGUCUACCAUACGUUAUGGACCGCUUUAUGACCACAGCAGCACAAAUCGAUAAGUAUGGUUGUGCUAAUCCCUUCAAUGAAGUGUCAAAGUACUUCAACCUUCUGUUGAAGAAAACUGUUGUUCAGCUCAGGAAAGAACUUCCUUUAGCUGCAUUCACUUAUGUUGAUGUCUACUCGGUUAAAUACUCGCUCAUCGGUCAUGCAAAGAAGCUAGGAUUUGAGAACCCAUUCCUAGCUUGUUGUGGUCAUGGUGGGAAGUACAAUUACAACAGAUUCAUAAAAUGUGGAAGCAAGAAAGUGGUGAACGGAAAAGAGAUAGUGAUCGCUUCUUCAUGCAAGGAUCCAUCAGUUCGGGUUAAUUGGGAUGGAACUCACUUCACAGAAGCAGCUAAUAAGUGGAUAUUUGAUCAGAUUGUUAACGGCUCGUUUUCAGAUCCUCCAAUUCCUUUGAGUUUGUCCUGCAACAGAGUUAACCAUUGAAUGUUUACUCUUUUACAUACCGUCUUAUGUUUCCUUCCUAUUUGAUUUUUAUAGGAUUGAAUAAUCUCCUCUGGUUCAUUAACUACAUAUAGUUUGAUGAGUGUCAUUUGACUGAAA